AUGGCUCCUAGGAAACGCACUGUCCUCAUAACGGGAUGUUCUGAUGGUGGUCUCGGUGCUGCCCUCGCACGGGCCUUUCACAAACGUGGCGAUCGUGUCUUUGCGACGGCACGCACACUCUCGAAAAUGUCAGCCCUGCAAAUCAUGGGCAUCGAAACUCUACCCUUAGAUGUCCUCUCCGAAGAGUCCAUCAGAUCUUGCGUGGACCAAGUGUCAUCUCUGACAGGCGGCUCACUGGACGUGUUGGUCAACAACGCCGGCGCUGGAUUCAACAUGCCCGUCCUUGAUGCUUCGAUCGCCGAGAUUCAAAGACAGUUCGAGCUCAACGUAUUCAGCGCAGUCCGGAUGAUACAGUUGUUUUUCCCUCUGCUUCGCAGUUCGACAACGGAGCAGAAGAUGAUUGUUAACAAUAGCUCCUGUGGUUCGGUCCUAAACCUGCCUUUCGUGGGACCAUAUUCGGCUUCAAAAGCUGCCCUCGCCAGUUUUAGCGAGACAUUGCGGCUUGAAAUGCAUGCAUUUGGGAUCAAGGUCAUUGAUUUACGGACCGGAGGCGUGAGGUCGAAUUUCUUCGACAACGCUAAUCACGAGAUGAGUUCCAGCCUGCCGGAGAAGAGUCCUUACUCGUCCGGCAAGGACAUUGUGGAAAAGUUCCUUGGUCAUGGUCCACAAGUCAGUCUCAUGGAUGCCGACAUCUGGGCGAACAAAGUGGUGAGCGAUUUAUCCAAGCGAGGCGGGAAGGGGGCCCCGCAUCGGAUCUGGAGGGGACAGGGAGCGACGUUUGCAUGGUUCGGAACAACAGCCUUGCCUGUAGGCUGGCUGGAUGUAGUGGUGAAGAAGCUUUCUGGGUUAGAUGUUGUGGAGGAGAGGAUCCGGAGAGAGAAGAAAAAGAGGGUAUAG